AGGCCGGACUCUGUGCGUGACGGACGUCUGUUUUUUAAAUUAAGUGACCAUGUUGCUGCCAAUAUUUCAUUUUUCCGCUGCAGCGAUAGAUGCAUAUGUGUUUUGGUACGAUCAGAAUUAUGUGGACCUGCCAUUUAAAAAUCCCAUGGUGAAAGAAUUACCGUUAAAAUCUCGUUGCAUGUUCUUAACGAUCUGGUGUCUCAUACUUCAAAUAGCGUACCAUACGGUUGCUUUCUUAAAUGAUGUCUUCGGAACUAACGCUGCAUCACCAAAGAAGAAGCCUACAAUAAGACUAAUUAAAGAUGUACUAUUUAGCGUAGCUUUCCCCAUCGCUAUGUACGUAUCUGGGGCAUUCUGGGGCAUAUAUGCUGUCGACAAAGACUUAAUAUUCCCAGAACAUAUAGCUAAAUUAUACCCUGUUUGGGUGAAUCAUGUUUUACAUACGACGGUGGCUAUUUUCAUGUUUAUAGAACUUUUAACUACGAACAGAAAUUAUCCGUCUAGAAAAGUAGGGCUUUCUGUAAUGUCGGUUUUUAUAGGUGCUUACAUUUCAUGGUAUUUGACUGUUUAUUUCAAGACCGGAACAUGGGCUUAUCCACUUUUCGAUGAGUUAAAUUGGCCGUUGAGAAUAAUGUUCCUUUUAUUCAGUUACUUACUAGUAAUAGCGAUCUACAUUUUUGCUGAGAAACUCAAUUAUGUGACUGGGUCUAGUAAAGUUGAGAAAAAUCUAAGUGGUAAACAUAAAAAACGUUAAGUUAUGUUUUGUUAAUUGAAAUGUAAUGUCAUGUUUUAUAUGUUAAAAAUAAGUUAUUUAAUAAAAUACAUGUUUAAUUACUAUUACAACGUCUUUUUAUUAAGCCUGUCGCUGAAAUGCUUGAAAAUCGAUUAUUUC